CUGCAGUUAACUGCCUUAAAAUCGGAAAAGAGGGAAGAUCCAAGGCCAUCUCCAAUAAGUGGAAACCGAAUUUUCCCAUGCCUGAGAAUUUGUUUUUCCUGGAAAAGUGAGCACAAGAAUUUUGCUUUGCUGGGCUUUGCUUUGCUUUGCGUUGUUCCCAAGCCAUCUUUCUGCUUUCUUAACAAGUCCACUGCCUAUUUGUUAUCUCUAUGGGAUCUGAAAUGGGUCUAAGACUAGUUGUUUAGAAUUUAUUGUUGGAGAGACAUUUGAACUCCAAAUUGAAGCAUCCAUGGAAGAAAAUCCGUUUCCUGCAUGGUCUUGGUCUGUGGAGCAGUGUCUGAAAGAAUACAAUGUGAGAAUAGAUAAGGGCCUGAGCAGCUAUGAGGUUGAGAAACGGCGUGAGAGGUACGGUUGGAACGAACUCACCAAAGAAAAAGGGAAGCCGCUAUGGCGCCUUGUAUUGGAACAGUUUGAUGAUAUGCUUGUAAAAAUCCUUCUAGUCGCUGCUUUCAUAUCCUUCAUUCUUGCUUACUUGCAUGGAGAUGAAUGUGAGGAAUUGGGAUUUGAGGCCUAUGUGGAACCCUUUGUGAUUGUGCUGAUUUUGGUGUUGAAUGCCAUUGUUGGAGUAAUUCAGGAGACCAAUGCUGAAAAGGCACUUGAAGCCCUUAAGGAGAUGCAAUGUGAAUCUGGGAAGGUUUUAAGGGAUGGAUAUUUCGUGCCAGAUUUGCCAGCACGGGAACUUGUCCCUGGUGAUAUCGUAGAGUUGCGUGUUGGUGACAAAGUCCCUGCUGAUAUGAGAGUUGCAGCUUUGAAAACCUCAACCCUGAGAGUAGAACAGAGUUCAUUAACGGGAGAGGCGAUGCCUGUUCUGAAAGGCACUAGUCCAAUAUUCAUGGAUGAUUGUGAGUUGCAGGCUAAAGAAAAUAUGGUUUUUGCAGGGACAACAGUUGUUAAUGGAAGCUGCAUUUGUAUUGUUGUGAACACUGGGAUGAACACUGAGAUUGGGAAAAUACAGACACAAAUACAUGAGGCCUCUUUGGAAGAGAGCAACACUCCUUUGAAGAAGAAACUGGAUGAAUUUGGAAAUAGGCUUACGACUGUAAUUGGGCUUGUUUGCCUCAUUGUUUGGGUGAUCAAUUACAAAUAUUUUCUCACAUGGGAUCUUGUGAAUGGAUGGCCUACCAAUUUUCGAUUUUCUUUUGAGAAAUGCACCUACUAUUUUAAGAUUGCUGUUGCUCUUGCAGUAGCUGCAAUCCCAGAGGGCCUUCCUGCAGUAAUCACAACUUGUUUAGCUCUCGGUACAAGAAAAAUGGCACAAAAGAAUGCAAUUGUACGGAAGCUUCCAAGUGUGGAGACCUUGGGAUGUACAACUGUGAUUUGUUCGGAUAAAACUGGGACCUUGACAACAAACCAGAUGUCGGCGACAGAAUUUUUCACAUUAGGGGGGAAAAUCACAUCUUCUCGAAUUUUUCAUGUGGAAGGCUCAACUUAUGAUCCAAAGGAUGGUGGAAUUGUUGAUUGGAAUUGCUACAACAUGGAUGCUAACUUGCAAGCCAUGGCAGAAAUAUGUGCUGUCUGCAAUGAUGCUGGGAUUUUUUGCAAUGGCCGUCUCUUCAGAGCAACAGGUUUGCCCACUGAGGCAGCUCUCAAGGUUUUGGUUGAAAAAAUGGGAGUCCCAGAUGUUAAGGCAAGGAACAAAAUCCGUGACACACAGCUUGCUGCAAGCUAUUUGAUUGAUCGCAGUACGGUGAAGUUAGGAUGUUGUGAAUGGUGGACAAAAAGAUCAAAAAGAGUUGCUACACUAGAGUUUGACCGCAUUCGCAAAUCAAUGAGUGUUCUCGUCCGUGAGCCCACUGGGCGCAAUCGACUUCUUGUCAAGGGUGCUGUUGAGAGUCUAUUGGAGCGCAGUUCACAUGUGCAGCUUGCUGAUGGAUCACUUGUUCCCUUAGAUGAACCUUAUAGGCAACUGUUGUUGUUGAGAAACUUGGAAAUGAGUUCAAAGGGUCUGCGGUGCUUGGGUCUGGCAUAUAAAGAUGACUUGGGAGAGUUCUCAGACUACUAUACUGAGACUCAUCCUGCCCACAAGAAGUUGCUUGAUCCAGCUUGCUACUCCUCCAUUGAGAGUGAACUGGUUUUCGUGGGGGUCGUAGGUCUAAGGGACCCACCUCGUGAUGAAGUUCACAAGGCAAUUGAUGAUUGUAGAGAAGCUGGGAUCAAGGUUAUGGUCAUAACUGGAGAUAAUAAGUCCACUGCUGAGGCCAUCUGUCAGGAAAUUCGAUUGUUUUCCGAAGGUGAGCAACUUAAAGGGGCAAGUUUCACAGGCAAAGAGUUCAUGGCUCUUUCCCCAUCAGAACAAAUUGAAAUUCUGUCAAAACCUGGAGGGAAGGUUUUCUCACGCGCUGAGCCUAGGCACAAGCAAGAAAUUGUUAGGAUGCUGAAAGAGAUGGGGGAAAUUGUUGCAAUGACUGGAGACGGUGUCAAUGAUGCCCCUGCAUUGAAACUUGCUGACAUUGGAAUCGCCAUGGGCAUCACUGGGACUGAGGUUGCAAAAGAAGCUUCAGAUAUGGUUCUGGCAGAUGACAAUUUCAGUACCAUAGUUUCAGCCGUUGCAGAGGGUCGCUCAAUUUAUAACAACAUGAAGGCUUUUAUUAGGUAUAUGAUAUCUUCCAAUGUUGGGGAGGUUAUAUCCAUUUUCUUAACAGCUGCACUGAGCAUACCAGAAUGUAUGAUACCUGUGCAGCUUCUGUGGGUCAAUUUGGUCACCGAUGGUCCACCUGCAACAGCUCUUGGAUUUAACCCUGCUGAUGUUGAUAUAAUGCGGAAACCACCUCGUAAAAGUGAUGAUGCUCUGAUAAACUCUUGGGUUCUCUUCCGUUACUUGGUAAUUGGUUCAUAUGUGGGCAUUGCAACUGUAGGAGUCUUCAUUUUGUGGUACACCCAGGCUUCAUUUCUUGGUAUCAAUCUUGUGAGUGAUGGGCACACAUUGGUUGAACUAUCCCAGCUUCGCAACUGGGGAGAGUGCUCCUCAUGGUCCAAUUUCACUGUCACUCCAUUCACAGUUGGUGAUGGGCGGGUGAUCACAUUUUCAAAUCCUUGUGACUACUUCUCUGUUGGUAAAGUUAAGGCGGCGACUCUCUCACUCUCUGUCUUGGUGGCAAUAGAGAUGUUCAAUUCCCUCAAUGCCCUCUCAGAAGACAACAGCUUAGUCACAAUGCCACCCUGGAGGAAUCCUUGGCUUCUUGUUGCUAUGUCAUUCUCAUUUGGGAUGCAUUGCCUCAUACUCUAUGUUCCCUUCCUGGCAGAUGUUUUUGGUAUCGUCCCCCUGAGUCUGAAUGAAUGGUUUCUUGUUAUCCUGGUUUCUGCACCUGUGAUUCUUAUUGAUGAGGUUCUUAAAUUAGUGGGAAGGAGACGAAGAUGGAAAAGAAAGAAGAAGAAGACAGCAUAAUGUAAUGUCAGGUCAACAAUUGUUAUAUUAUUCUUUGAUAACUUUGAUUUUCUGCACAAUGAUACCUUGUUCCAUACUGCAAGAAAAGGCACGAACCAAUUGGAAUCAAAAGUAUCGUUUCAUUGCCGGUUUCAGUAGGCUGUCAUUCUGAAUCCAGUUAUCUUCUUACUUUGAAGCAAAGGGCUUUGAAUCCAUUGUUUGUAAUUUCUGAACCUGUAGCCAGAUUUUACAUGUCCUGAAAUGAAGUUCUCGGUUGUUUUA